AUGAUAAUGAAUAAAGAAAAUUUAUUGACAUGCUUAGAAGAUUUUAAACUUAACUGGUUACCUCAAAAUAUUUCAAAUGAUAAUCCUUUACAUCACUUAAUAACAAAUAAAAUUAAUGAACUGGAACAAUUAUUAAUUCCCAUUGACAAUAAUCAAAUUGAAAAUGAACCAUCAAAUGCAAAUAAUUAUCAACGUGGUCAUUCAAGUGAUACACAAGAAUUUGUCUUUUUAACACAACAUCAACAAGAACUAUCCGAGAGUUGUUUAUUGACACCCUCGAAUAAAGAUGAUCAAAUAGAUGUUGAUGAUGAAAAAAAAGAAAAUUCUUGUGGACCAAUUAUUCGAAUAAAACGUAUUUCAUUAGCUGAAGCUGAACGUUUUUUGCCAGUAGCAUGGAAAAUUAAUACAAAACCAAAACGUGAUGUCAAAAGAAAAAAAAAAAGAUAUUCAAAACUUUAUUUCGGUGGAAGAAAAUCUAAGAAAAAUGCUCAAACAAAUCAAAUGCUUUUAUCAGCAACAACACCCGAUGAAACUCCGAAUGGUUCAAACAGUAAACGAAAAUCAAUUCGAUCAAAAAAAGUUAUUGAACAUCCAUCAACAUCGUCUGUUGCCAGUACACAAUCAGUUAAUGGUAAUAAAAAGAGUACUAAACGAAAAUUACGUGCACUCGAUGCUGAAGAUGAUGAUCUGUAUACAUUGGGAAAUUUAUCUCAAAUAGAUAAUUUAAAUAGUGAUACUAAUUGUGAACAAAUACCACGUUAUAUUGGACAAAAUGGUAUAUUAUCUCAAACACGUAAACUUAAUGAAACAUCAAUUAAUGUUGAAGAUGAUUUUACAAUAAAAUUAAGAUCAAAAAAAUCAAAUCAAAAAUUAAAAACAAAAUUAUCUAAUGAUUCUAAAAUAAGUGAAUCAUCUAUAGGUGAUUCAUUAACUAUUAUUGAAGAUGUUGGUAGAAUACAUCAAGAAUUCUUAAAAGAUAUGUCUGAAAAAGAUCAAGAAUCAUUAUUUGAUUCACUUAAUAUAACAAAUGAUAGAACAUUUGAAACAAGUUCAUCAUUAAAUAGAACUUCACUUAUUAAUUAUAAUGAUUGUAUUGAAGAUAUAUCAAAUGAUGGCAUUGAUCCUCCUCCUCCUCCUCCUCCUCCUCCUCCUGAACCAUUAUCAUCAACUAAUAUGUCUUAUCUUUCUUUAACAACAUAA